AUGCUCUUCUGUUUCGACGACGGAUCUGGAACGAAAAAGGCUUCAACAGCAACUCUACGUUCGGCUACCACCAUCUUGCAGAUGUUCUUUGCUUCGACUCUCUUCGUUUUUGUGCUGGUUGGGCAGGUCAACAGUGAAAAGGAGUACAAUGGCCCUAUUGGAUUCUUCAACCACACUUUGAAGGAUGGUCGUGUCACGCUUGAUGAAAAUUCUGUGAAGGUCAGAGAAGGAGACGUCUUCAACCUUACAAAGUACACGAAUCAUUCUGGGUCCUGUGAUGUUGAAAUCAAGAACGGAAACAUGUGA